UCCCAUGUAAAUUAAAGUAUCAGGCCUUUAAAUGGAGCUCCGCUUCUCACCUAUCUCUGCUUUUCUUCCGCUCGCAUUCGCACUUGCAGCAGUUAUGGUAGUAAGCCAUGCUGCCCUACCUUCUGAAGUUUACUGGAAGUCGAUAUCAACCAACACACCCAUGCCAAAACUAAUCCAGCGUCAACUACGGCCUCAUCUAAAGCUGCCAACACAAGCCAAGGUGUAUCUGGACUCCACAUCUGUGCUUCCAACACAAGCGAAGGUAUACCCAGCCUCCAAAACUGUCCUUCCAACACAGGCCAAAGUGUAUCCAGAUUCCAAAACUGUGCUUCCAACACAGGCGAAGGUGUACCUAAACUCCAAAACUGUGCUUCCGACACAAGCGAAGGUAUACCCAGACUCCAAAACUGUCCUUCCAACGCAGGCCAAGGUGUAUCCAGACUCCAAAACUGUUCUUCCAACACAGGCCAAGGUAUACCCAGCCUCCAAAACUAAGCUACCAACACAGGCCAAGGUGUAUCCAGAUACCAAAACUGUGCUUCCAACACAGGCCAAGGUAUACCCAGCCUCCAAAACUAAACUACCAACGCAGGCCAAAGUGUACCCAGACUCCAAAACUGUGCUUCCAACACAGGCCAAGGUAUACCCAACUUCCAAAACUAAACUACCAACACAGGCGAAGGUGUAUACAGCUGAUACCAAAACAGUGCUUCCAAGUCAGGCGAAGGUAUAUAAGAUUACCAACUAUAAGGAUCAACUCCAUCUUGAUGGAGAUGUUGAUUUUUUCUUCUUAGAGGAAAACUUGCACUCUGGCACAAAAAUGAACCUGGACCUCUCCGGAAUUACAAAUGGAGAAACCUUGUUGUCUCGUCAAGUCGCCGACGCCAUACCCUUUUCUUCUAACAAGUUACCCGAGAUCCUACACCGAUUGUCGAUCGAGCCAAAAUCAAAAAUGGCGGAGGCCACGAAGGAGACACUGGAGCUGUGCGAGGCACCUGCUAAAGAGGAGAAAGAUGACCUCUGCGUGACAUCUUUAGAAUCGAUGAUCGACUUCAGCACAUCAAAGCUUGGGAAGAAUAUUGAGGCCGUGUCGACGGAGGUUGGUGUUGGUAAGGAGGAAACGCAGAAGCACAAGUACGUUGUGGGUCCAGGCCUAGAAAAACUAGUUGGGAGCCCUGUUGUGUGCCAUGCCCUGACCUACGCCUAUGCUGUGUACUACUGCCAUAAGGUUGAGGCCACAAGGGCAUACAUGGUUCCGUUGGUUGGUGGUGAUGAUGAUGGGACCGGGACGAGUAAAGCUGCUAAAGCCGUGGCCGUGUGCCACACUGACACAUCCAGAUGGAACCCUCACCAUCUGGCCUUCCAAUUACUCAAGGUUAAGCCUGCGAGUACUGUUCCCAUCUGCCACUUCCUUCAAGAAGAUACCAUUGCUUGGUUUCCCACCAGCCACAAACCACUCAAUUAAUUAAUUUCGGUAUGCUUUUGUUUAGUUAGUUUGUUCCAGUAAGAUCGAUCUGAGCUUAAUUUCACAAUCAUCUAGAGCUAGCUCGUCCCCUAUGUAACUAUGUUAUGUGCAUGACUUUGUAUAGCCAGAUCGAUCCAUCACUGCAGCAAAAAGAAAUAAUGGAUAACCUCAGAUCCAUUAAUAAAUAAAUCUUUGCUGCUUGCUUCUGUUGUCCUGUGUUGGAUUGAUUGUAAGUUUCAGGUAGUUUUGUGUUGUGUUCAACUACUGUUGAAAGGUUAA